UGAAGGCGCGCUCGUACCUCCGGCGUGGCCUCAGUCGUAAUCGAGCGCCGCGCGAGUCCGGACUACGCGCACACGCACCGCCAGUCGUCUGAGCCAGUGAUAAAGCGCGCGACAACUCGUCAUGGUCCGCCGUUCGAUGACGCUCGUUUGCCAGGCAAACACGAGCUGCGUGCAUUGACGGGCGGUUGUAACGAGGAGCUUCGACAGAGCCGGCACCCGGGACCUGGACGCACGCUUCGGUGACGGGAGAGAGCGGCAGGAGGAACGUCAUCGUCAACAGGAACAUACGACGGCAUGCUGAAGCACGUGUCGGUGUCGCCGUGGCGGGGUCGCGCCGACAGUGUGAGCCUGGCCUCGAGCGGCGGCGCCUCCAGUUGCGGAAGUGGCAGCCCCAGUCCUGGCCAUACACCACCACCCUCGAGGGCGUCGUCUUGCGCCUCGCUCGCACCCCUCACCGGCCUCUCCAGCUUCUCGAGUGCCGACGGCGCAGCCCAGCAGACGACGAUUAAGGUAUACGCCAACUGCCUCCGACCGGACAUCGAGUACAAGACUUUGAGCAUAACGUACGAGACGACGUGUCGGCAGGUUGUCCAGAAUCUCCUCAACAAGUACAGAAUGAGACACCGAGACCAGCGGCUCUUUUACUUAACGAUGGAGGUGACCGUAAGGAGAGCCAAUGUCCGUACGGUUUUGCCCCUCGACGAGGACGCCAGACCUGCGGUACUGCAGUCUUGCCAUCCCCGAGGUGACUCGAGAUUCUCUCUGCAGACACGCCGAGGCGGACUCGUCAAAAUUUACGACAGCGCUCUUAUGUCUGGGUCCAAGUACAAGAGUUUGCUCGUCUCCGAGAAGACGACGGUCGACGAGCUCAUCCAGAUGCUUCUCAGCUGCUACAGCUCUAACGAGCGGGUCGAGCAAUUCUCCCUGUACGAGGUAUGCGAGGGCGAGGAGUACCAGAGAAAGCUGCACCCCGAUGAUUCGCCGCUUAAAGUGACCCAGCGCUGGGCAAGCGUUGAUCGACAUCUCCGCAUCAGGCGCAAUCCUGAUUAUAAUCCUCACAGACGAAAGAGCAUGUGGGCAUCGGACUCGAGCAUAGCCCUGGCGAUGUCGAGGCUACAGCUACAGGGACCUCACUAUCAAAACCACCAUAAUCACAGUCAUAAUAAUAAUAAUAAUCAUCUGGCCUACCGGCACAGUCACCUACACAGCCAUAAUCACAUCCACAGCCACCAGCAGCAGCAGCAGCAGCAGCAACAGCAGCAGCAGCAGCAAUCGAGGAUCGUCGCGACGUAUAACUCGCAACAGCCUCGGCCACAGCAAUCCUUAAAGAGUCUGCCAUCCACGCCCCUCACCACCAAACACAUCUCCGCCACGUCUUACACGGAUUACGAGAAUUAUUUGUUCAUUUGAAGUGUGUCGAGGGACGCGUUCGCGAAUCCGAUCAGCAGGCACAAGUCGAUUUUACCAUACGAGUCUUUUGCACGCGCUUGAUCGGUAAUUGUCAGCCGGCCAAUCGGUACUCUCUCUCUCUCUCUCUCUCUCUCUCUCACUCUCUCUCUCACUCUUCCGUUUUUCCUCCGCUUCAUCGUCUUCUUUCAAAUGACAGACAUAAUCGACGUAAUAAUUAAUUGGAAAAGCUGCGCAGCUACGUCCAACAGCCCUCUGUCUAUAGAGUAAUAGCCGCAACACC